UCUGUGGUACCAUGUCAAAGACAUCCACAUGCCGUCACACGCCGUCGGCGAGUUGUGCUGUGUUGUGUGUGUGGUCGGCAAGUUCGGUGACAAAUACACAUACAUCCAAGGAUCUGAUUCUGAGCAACUACGUUGGUUCGCUGACAUAACGCUAUGAAUAAGCCAGAAACAAAUGGUAAAUUACCGUCGAGUUCAACAGAAAGCGAAGCGAUACCAGACAGGGCGUCAUGGGGUAGGCCUAUAGAGUUUAUCCUAGCUUGCCUAGGCUACGCUGUGGGGAUAGGCAAUGUGUGGAGAUUCCCCUAUUUAGCGUAUAGAAAUGGCGGAGGUGCAUUUCUUAUACCAUUUUUUUUAAUGUUAAUGAUCAUUGGACUUCCACUAUUCUUUUUGGAGUUAUAUGUUGGUCAAUACACCGGUUUGGGACCAUUGAAAGCAUUUAGUGCAAUAUCUCCCUUCUUCAGUGGUCUUGGAUAUUGCACUCUAGUCGUGAUCAGCAUCAUAUCUAUCUAUUACAUGAUCAUCGUCGCUUGGACACUCUUCUAUACCAUUGUAUCGAUAAUUGGAAGGUUGGAUUGGGGCGCAUGUGAUAAUGAAUAUAACACUGAUUUUUGCUACAGUGGUAUCUACGACCAGGACUGCCGAAGUCGAAACUUCACAGGAGUUGAGACCCAAACGUAUUUCAUGCGGGACUGCUUCAGUAUAGGAGAAAUCUGCACCAUUACUGGGUUCCAGCCUUAUAAUGAGAGUUCUUGCCUGAACGGGACAGAAAUUAUUCCUUGGUACACGAACGUUACGAGAAUAAUGGCAUCUGAGGAAUAUUACAAUGAACGAGUGCUGGGUAGAGGAGAUGCCACGUGGGAGAACUGGGGGAGUAUCCAGUGGCACAUCGUCGGUACUCUUUUCGCAUCAUGGGUUAUCGCAUUCUUUUGCGUUAUCAAGGGUGUCCAAUCGGCUGGUAAAGUGGUAUACUUCACAGCCCUAUUCCCCUACGUGAUGCUGACCGCGUUGCUGAUCAGGGGGGUGACACUGGAGGGGGCUUCGGAUGGAAUCUUGUUUUACUUGCAGCCCGAUUGGGGGACGCUGCUUCAAGCUAAUGUGUGGGGCGACGCUGCGUCUCAGAUCUUCUACUCCUUCGGAGUCGGCUGCGGUUCCCUCGUCACCCUGGCUUCGUAUAAUAACUUCCACAACAACUGCCAUUUUGACGCUGUCUUCGUCAGUGUUGCCAACUUCUUGACGUCAAUUUACGCCGGUUUUGCCGUAUUCUCAGUGCUCGGCUUCCAAGCCAAUCUCAUGGGCGUCAGUGUUGAUGAUGUCGCUGAACAAGGUCCAGGCCUAGCGUUCGUGGCGUACCCAGAAGCCUUGCUGCAAAUGCCAAUCCCGCAGUUCUGGUGCAUCAUGUUUUUCCUUAUGCUCUUCAUCUUGGGUUUGGGCAGUCAGUUCGCAGGCAUCGAAGCUAUCAACACAGCCAUUGUGGACCAAUGGCCGAACCUUAGAAAGAAUUAUUGGAGGGUGACAGCUUUUACAUGUACUUGCUGCUUUAUCCUCGGUAUUCCUAUGUGCUUCAGCGGUGGUGUAUAUUUGUUUACUCUGCUCGAUUGGAACACUGCCUCUUGGGCUAUACUGUUGAUCGGCAUGGCUGAGUGCACAGCAGUGUCAUGGAGCUACGGCAUAAACCGAGCACUUAAAGACCUGAACGCUAUGGGUAUGAAAUUGAACAAGGUUUUCAUAAUGUAUUGGAAGACUGUUUGGCUAGUAUUGUGUCCGGUUGGCAGUGUUAGCGUUCUGAUAUUCGUGUUCUCUGAUUGGACGCCGCCUUCGUACGAGGACUACGUGUUCCCAUUGUUCGCAGAUCUGUUGGGAUGGGCCGUCGGCCUGUCCACCCUAAUUCUGUUCCCAGUGGGCCUUUGCUGGGCCCUGUAUCAAGGCUAUCGUGGAAAAAGUCUAUUCACACCAACGGCACAAUGGCGACCAGCUGUCAAGACCUUGAAUGCUCCAAGAUCAGACUCCGUUAUGACCAUGGACUCCGCUCAGUCAGAAGGACCUUACGACAAUAUGGGCUACAUUAUGUGAUAGCUCAGAAUUCAAUCCUGUAUGUAAAGAUAAAAGCGUUUAUUUGAUGCUACGAGCACGCACAUACAAAACAAGAAAAGCGUGAAUUUACUACCCAUAAGGCAAUACACAUCUUUCAGGUCUAACUCUCGGGUUAUCCUGCGGCCACUGCGGCCGCGCUAUCAUUACGAUCCGUCAAUUUUCUUGAGGAAGGUAUAAUUUCCAAAGUCAACCAUUCAUAAAAUUGACAGUAAAGAUUAAUUAUUUUAAAGUCAGAUAGUAAAACUAAUUCUUGUCAUUGUCAGUAAUUUGAAAAAUUGUAAUGACAGCGCGGAUGAAGCGUUCAUAACGCUCUGAGAAACAUCCUGCUGCUGCAUCUGGAACUGCUUCAAUCUUCACAAUGUGGUUGAGCCAAUGAGACAGUUGUCUCGCCUUUAAUGUAAAACCUGUGUAUUAGUAUAAACAUAUUGAUGAACUAUUUAAAUGCCUGGACAUAAUGUGAGAAAAAUCUGCCUGUAGGCAAUACUUUGCCUAAGAAUUUUAAAAUUGAAUGCCUGAAGAUUACAAAUUAUAAGAUCUCUAUUAAGUUAUUCUCAAAUUGUAAAAUGAGUCAUUUUAAACUAGGAUAAGAUGAAUUUGUCCUAUAGAUAAAAUACUUCUAUAUUUAUAAAUAUGAAAUGUAUUUCAUUGUACAUAUUUAUGUACAUUAAAUGUUUGAACUCCAUA